CAAAAGACAGCACUAUCAACCAGAUUAACCAAUAAUAUGAUUAUAGCAGUGACUCAUUUUGCUUUCAUUGACAAUCAGAAAAUAAUACCAAAAGCCAGGUACAGAAGCAUCUGAAAUUAGUUUUCGGUUCACCUUUUGAAAUAGGAGAUGAAUGGAUUUCUACCUGUUUUCUGUGGGAGUGUCUGAGGAUGUAAGAAUGACGCACUCUUUCAAGCACUGGUAGAAUGUUGGGUAGCGGACUCUGUGUAUGGAUUAUUCUGCUCUGCAUAUAAAAGCCAUGGGUCCGCACACAUGGCCAGACGAGUUUCUUAGAGGAUCAGCGGAUAUCUACGCAACCUGUACGCUUGUCAUCAGCCAGGAACAGACAAUGCUUGCAUCCCAGUCACAAUUUGUGGCUAUUCUGGUCCUUGUGGUUUUAACAGCUGUUAAUGGCCAGGAUGACCGACGGAGGUCAGUGACAGAGCAUCAGCUGUUGCAUGACCGUGGUCGCACCAUUCAGAGUCUGAAGAGGCUCAUUUGGCUCUCAAGCGCUAUCGAAGGGCUCCACACAGCUCAAUCUCGUGAUGUUGUUGACAACGACAACAACGACUUUUCCAGGUGCUGCUCUAACAGUCCACACCAGCUCAUUGCUCAGGCUAGCAGGGACAGCAAUGGACACAAGGGGGUGAUGGAGUCAACGUUCAGUGACAUCUUCAGACCCCACAUUACGGCAGUACUGCCAGGUCCAGAAAAAUAGCUUUUACUUAUAUAUAUGUUCAUGGUUUCUAAACUUUGUGCCAAUGCAAUCAGUGUGCUCCCGAAUGGCCUCUUGUUUCACUGCACAGGAGAUGCAGUGAAACAAGAACUUAGCUAGUGUGCAUUCCCAUUUGUGUGUGUCUUCUGCAGACCUCAUUGUUCAGUCUAUUCAUAUGUCACCAGCGCUGCUACUGUUGUAAAUAGCCAACAGAUGAUAUUGUGGACUAGUCUAGGGGACGUCUGAAAGAAUAUCACAGAAAUUCUGGAUUGUUUCCGACUCAGGAUCAUUGUGGAAAGGGAAAGUGUGUUCUAGAAACCCCAUAUAUAUAGGAAAUGUGCAGGUCCCAAUGUAGUUUGCUCUGCAGCUUCCUAUGUAGUUAUGCAGAAAAAGUGGCAUGGCUGAAAGGUGAAGACUGAAUACUGAAGGGUUGUCAGAUGAGACCAGUAUGCAGUUUAAUAAAAGUUUUUGUUUA